GUGCGUGGCGGGAAGGAAGGGCGUGGGGGGAUGGCAUCCUUGCGGCGCGGGAGGAGGACCUUUCUCCCACCUCUCCGCCGCUCCUUCGCUGGUCGCGGCUGUCAGCUUGCACCGGAUCGCGGUGCCAAGUGCAGGGAUGCAGCGCCCAGCCGGAUCUCAAGAUUCUGCCCUCCAACAACAUCCUGCUGUGAUUGGAUAGGACCCCCAGAUAAAUAUUCAAAUCUUCGACCUGUUCACUUUUAUAUCCCUGAAAAUGAAUCGCCAUUGGAACAAAAGCUUAGAGAACUAAGACAAGACACACAAGAAUGGAAUCAACAAUUCUGGGCAAACCAGAAUUUGACAUUUAGUAAGGAAAAAGAAGAAUUUAUUCACUCAACACUAAAAGCUAAAGGCCUGGAACUGAGAACUGAGUCUGGUCAGAGAGCAACGCUGAAUGCUGAAGAAAUGGCCGCCUUCUAUGAGAGGUUUUUAAGUAAAAAUUUUCAGAAGCACAUGUGUUAUAACAGAAUGCAUGACAACAUGUCCACAAUGGUGUACAUAAAGGAAGAUAAGUUGGAGAAGCUUACGCAGGACGAAAUCAUUUCUAAGACAAAGCAAGUGAUCCAGGGCCUGGAAGCUCUGAAGAAUGAGCACAACUCUAUUCUGCAGAGUUUACUGGAGACUCUGAAGUGUCUGAAGAAAGAUGACGAGAGCAACCUGGUGGAGGAGAAAUCAAACAUGAUCCGGAAGUCGCUGGAGAUGCUGGAGCUGGGGCUGAGUGAGGCGCAGGUCAUGAUGGCUUUGUCAAAUCACCUGAAUGCCGUUGAGUCAGAAAAACAGAAGCUGCGUGCGCAGGUCCGCCGUCUAUGCCAGGAGAAUCAGUGGCUGCGGGACGAGCUGGCCAACACGCAGCAGAAAUUACAGAAGAGCGAGCAGUCUGUGGCACAACUGGAGGAGGAAAAGAAGCAUCUGGAAUUUAUGAAUCAGCUGAAAAAAUAUGAUGACGACAUUUCCCCAUCUGAGGACAAGGACACGGAUUCCACCAAAGAGCCUCUGGAUGACCUUUUCCCCAAUGAUGAGGACGACCCAGGACAAGGCAUCCAGCAGCAGCACAGCAGCGCUGCUGCGGCUGCCCAGCAGGGUGGCUACGAGAUCCCGGCACGGCUGCGCACACUGCACAACCUGGUGAUCCAGUACGCCUCGCAGGGCCGCUACGAGGUGGCCGUGCCCCUUUGCAAGCAGGCGUUGGAGGAUCUGGAGAAGACUUCAGGACAUGACCACCCAGACGUGGCCACCAUGCUGAACAUCCUGGCCUUGGUGUACAGGGAUCAAAAUAAAUACAAAGAUGCAGCUAAUCUACUGAAUGAUGCCUUGGCUAUCCGAGAAAAGACUUUGGGCAAAGAUCAUCCUGCGGUGGCAGCAACUUUGAACAACCUUGCGGUCCUUUAUGGUAAAAGAGGAAAGUACAAAGAAGCUGAACCGUUGUGUAAACGAGCUUUGGAGAUCAGAGAAAAGGUUUUGGGCAAGGAUCACCCUGAUGUCGCUAAGCAGUUGAAUAAUUUGGCCUUACUGUGCCAGAACCAGGGCAAAUACGAAGAGGUGGAGUAUUAUUAUCAAAGAGCCCUUGAGAUCUACCAGACAAAACUGGGACCUGAUGACCCCAAUGUAGCCAAGACGAAAAAUAACCUGGCAUCUUGCUAUCUAAAACAAGGAAAGUUCAAGCAAGCAGAAACACUGUACAAGGAAAUUCUUACCCGUGCACAUGAAAGAGAGUUUGGUUCUGUAGACGAUGAAAAUAAACCCAUUUGGAUGCAUGCUGAAGAAAGAGAAGAGUGCAAAGGAAAGCAAAAGGAUGGGACAUCUUUCGGAGAGUAUGGUGGCUGGUACAAAGCCUGCAAAGUUGAUAGUCCGACUGUUACAACUACUCUCAAAAAUCUGGGGGCGCUUUACAGACGGCAGGGCAAAUUCGAAGCCGCAGAAACGUUAGAAGAAGCCGCCAUGAGGUCACGCAAACAGGGUCUUGACAAUGUUCACAAACAGAGAGUGGCUGAAGUGCUGAAUGACCCUGAGAACAUGGAGAAGCGGAGGAGCAGGGAGAGUCUCAACGUGGACGUGGUCAAGUACGAGAGUGGCCCUGACGGAGGGGAGGAAGUGAGUAUGAGCGUAGAGUGGAAUGGGAUGAGAAAAAUGAAGCUCGGGCUGGUUAAAUGACUUGCUCAGCGUCCCAUGGCCUAGCCGCCCGUGUGACUCUCACACUGUCUCCUGCAUGACGGGCGGCGCCCCCUCCAGCUUCCCUUCUCUCUCCAGUGCUGCCCGCUGUGUCUAGCAGUCCCCUAGGACCUGUCCGAGCUGCACCUCUCUGUGACUGGCCAUUCCUGUCUGUCGGUGCUGCUGUCCUUUUUUGGGGGGGGGGGUCUUGGUUUCUGUAUACAUGUAGCUUUGCCAGAUAUGUACUUAGUAGUAUAAACUGUGUUAAUAAAAUCCAUUUACUGUGUAAUACAUGAGUUUAGAAGUUAAGAGCGAUUAGCUGUUCACUCUGAUAGCAGUAGUUAAUAGUGUCACAAAAGGUGUCACUACAGUGGCAUGACGGUGGCCUCUGGGCAUAGCUGAGCCCCCAGAGUCAGGUGUGUGCUGCACGUGCUCCGAGGUACCGAGAGCCCAGGGAGCCCUGCCUGGACCUGGGCUUUCCUAGGUACACCCCAGUAGCAUUUGCUGUGUAGUCUGUGUGGGAUUCGGGCAUUCUGCUUUCUCUACUAAUCUCUCAGUGCUCGGUGAGUUGUGUAUUUGUGUCUUUCUAACUUCUAAUAAACUUACUCCAACUGA